UCACGUCUCUCCGGGGGUCCGACAGUAAAUCAAAGUAUUUCUCGUUCAUCCGACAAAUAGUUUUUGAAAACGAAAAAAAUAAUAUAAUAUAAUACGUUGGUAUUAUUUUUUUGUUUUAUUAAUUCGUGAUGAAUUAAACAUAAUUAUAUGAUAAUUCGUUUUGAAAGUGUUUUAAUUGUGUAGUGUUAAAUAUUGUUACAUUAAUAGUAGGUACUUAAGUAUACCGUAGUAUGUUAUAUGAAAAGAUCACAAAAAUAGACUUUCAUAUUUAGGUAGGUCGGACGAUUGAAUUCACCGAUGGGGACCUGAGUUUUUAAACACCGUAUGUUGUGGACACUGGACCGGGUUCAUUUCUUUUAAAACUCAAAAUGGCAGCCGGAUUUUAUACACUCAUAACUCUAGUUGUGCUGUGGUCUCCGUUUGUGGUGUGUUUGAAUCAUACGGGAUGGCUUCGUCGAGUGUCGCAGACUCCGUUUCCAGAAGUGCGCAUGCGUCAUAUGCGGCAUUCCGGACUUUCCACGGAGCAGUUUGUAUGGCCCUUGAAAAAAGAGGCUGUAGUCGAGGGCGAUUUGCUUCUCGGUGGACUGAUGAUGGUUCAUUCCCGGGAGGAUACACAGUUCACUUGCGGUCCGAUAAUGGCUCAAGGUGGUAUACAGACUGUGGAGACGAUGCUCUAUACCUUGGAUCAAAUCAACAAGCAGUGGACCAAGUUUAAAAUUGGAGCACUUAUAUUGGACGACUGCGACAAGGAUACGUAUGGAUUGGAAAUGGCUAUAGACUUCAUAAAAGGUUCAAUUAGCAAUAUAGAUGAAACUCAAUAUUUUCAUUGCAACAAAUCUCAAGUAAGAAAAGUAAUAUCUGGCGUAGUUGGUGCGGCGUCAAGUGUUACAUCUGUCCAAGUAGCAAAUUUAUUAAGACUUUUCAAAAUACCUCAGGUAUCGUUUUGGUCAACUAGUCCUGAACUAAGUAAUAAACAGCGAUUUGAAUACUUCACACGAACUAUACCUUCAGAUCUUUACCAAGUAAAAGUUAUGGUAGAAAUUGUUCGGAGACUUGGCUGGAGUUACAUAUCCAUUAUUUACGAAGAGUCCAGUUACGGCAUUAAAGCUUUUGAGGAAUUAGAGAAAUUGAUGCCCAAGUACAAUAUUUGUAUAGCGGUAAAGGAAAAACUAGUGAAAGAUUCAGGAGUUGCAGAAGAAAAAGCUUACGAUGAUAUCGUGAUUAAACUUCUCAGCAAGCCUAAGGCUAAAGGAGUUAUAGUUUUUGGGUCAGACCAAGAAGUGGUGAGUUUAAUGAAAGCAGUAAGGAGAAAUAAUGCUACUGGAAAUUUUUCGUGGAUCGGUUCAGAUGGAUGGAGUGCAAGAGAUAUGGUAUCUGAUACAAAUGAAGCCGAAGUGGAAGGAUGCUUAUCUGUUCAACCUCAAGCCAACCCUGUCAACGGCUUCGAAGAGUACUUUUUAGGACUUACUGUAGAAAACAACAAAAGAAAUCCUUGGUUCACUGAAUUUUGGGAAGAACACUUCCAGUGCCGAUAUCCAAGAAGUAUGAGAACACCGUACAACUCAAAUUAUUCAAACGAAUGUGACUCUAAGUUUCAUUUGAGAGAAAAAAUACCAAAGUUUGAAAACCAAUUACAAUUUGUCAGUGAUUCUGUGCUAGCAUUUGCACAUGCAUUGUACGAUAUGCAUUCUGAUCAUUGUGGUCCGAACUUUGUUGGUUUAUGUGAAGCCAUGAAACCUGUUAAAGGACCCGAACUCUUAAUGUAUCUCAGAAAAGUAAACUUCACAGGUCUCACGGGCGAUAAUUUUCACUUCGAUAACAACGGGGACGGACCAGCCCGUUAUAAUAUCAUUCACUUCAAACAGGUGGAGCCGGGCACUUUUAAAUGGAUCAAAGUCGGUGUGUACUCAGACGGCAAGCUCAAUCUCAACAUGGACGAGAUGCGGUUCAAAACAGACUCAUCAAAUCCACCGGAAUCCGUUUGCAGUUUGCCGUGCCAAAAAGGCCAAGCUAAGCAAUAUCUGGAGGGCGAAAAAUGCUGUUGGCACUGUUUCAACUGCACACAAUACCAGAUCCGUUCAUCUACCGACGAGACCAGAUGCGAAGUUUGUGCCGAGGGCACGUUACCCGACAGUAGCCGCGAACGGUGUUUGGACAUACCGGAAUCAUUUUUACGGGCCGGAAGCAGUUGGGCGAUUGGAGCAAUGACACUGUCAGCGGCAGGUGUUGUCAUCACUUUGCUAGUGGUUUCUGUGUUUAUCAAACACAAUCACACACCGAUCGUGAAGGCCGCCGGUAGAGAAGUUUCGUACGUACUUUUGUCCGGCAUACUGCUGUGCUAUCUCAUCACGUUCGUGCUCGUGCUCAAACCCACCGACAUCGUAUGCGCCAUACAAAGAUUUGGUGUUGGAUUCUGUUUCACUGUUGUGUAUGCUGCAUUAUUAACGAAGACGAAUCGCAUAUCACGCAUAUUCAACGCUGGACGGCGAACUGUUAAACGUCCCAAUUUUAUAUCACCAAAAUCACAACUGGUCAUCUGCACAGGACUUAUAUCGAUACAAGUGCUCAUCAACGGCGUUUGGAUGCUGGUCAGCCCACCAAAGGUCAUACACUAUUACCCCAGCAGGGACGCAAACAUACUAGUCUGCUCGUCGUUCAUCAACACAUCGUACGUGAUAGCGUUUGGAUAUCCAAUAGUGUUGAUUGUCGUGUGCACCGUGUACGCCGUGCUCACCAGAAACAUCCCGGAAGCCUUCAACGAGUCCAAGCACAUCGGUUUCACGAUGUACACAACUUGUGUCAUAUGGCUCGCGUUCGUUCCGCUGUACUUUGGCAUUGGCAACCAUACUCCACUAAGGAUAACUACCAUGUCAGUAACCAUUAGCCUUUCCGCUAGUGUAACUAUAGUUUGCCUGUUCUCUCCGAAGCUAUACAUCAUUUUGUGUCAUCCGGAACGAAAUGUGCGUCAAAGUAUGAUGCCAAAUAUGAAGUUAACGGGCACGAAAACAUUUACAACAUCGAAUACGAAUGCAUUUUGCAACAAUUCAACAAGACGGCGCAGCUCAUUAGCUUAUAAAGAUUCCAGUACAGAUAUGCAGAUAAGCUUGGAAAAUCGAAAACAGGUUCUCGAACGAGCAGUACAAACAGAAGAGACGAGAAUCGUACCGGAAUCGUAAUCGACAAACAAUUUCGAUCGUACAAUAUCUUUUCCUACCCGAAUCCCCAGCUGAAAGCACAAAGGUACAUGGGCAUGACUGAAACAAUCGUUAUGUUUUCCGGAGGUUUUAAGAACUUACCAAGUUGCAGAGGCGUGUAAUAACAAUAAUAAUAUUAUAAAUAUAACAACAAUGAUACGAGAGUGGCCAUAUCAAAAAAUUAAAAUUAUAUUAUAACUA